AUGGCCCCCGACAUUGCUGAACAUCCCCUCGAAUCUGAGGUUCAGAGAGGUGGCCUGGGACAGCAGGCUGGGGACCCACAGAACCAAGGUGUGAACCCUGACCUGCCCGAUGCCAGUGCUAGCGUUCGAGUGGGGGCCUCAGCAGGGCGGCGAAGGGUGCAGGAGGUCAUCGUGGGGCUGGAGUGGCUGGCCUUUGCCUUCGAGAAGGACGUGGAGACGCAGAAGGGCACUGGACUGCUGAUUUUCAGGCCACAGACAGUGUGGCCGGGACCCCGGGUACCCCCCCUGCCACCCCCAGCUUCCUCUCAGCUGCUCACCAGGGAGGUGGAGGAGGAGUCGGGCAUAGCUCUGUGCACCUUCUUCACCAAAGGGCUCUGUGAGAAAGGGAAGCUGUGCCCGUUGCGGCACGACCGAGGCGGGGGCAGGGAGAAGCGGGUGGCGUGCAAGAAGGGUGACCAGUGCAAGUUCCUGCACCAGUACGAUGUUGCCAGGAUGCCCGAGGGCCACUUCUUCAAGUCCGGGGACUGCAACAAGGAACGUCCGUUCCUCCACGUGAAGCCGGCCUUCAAGACCCAGGACUGUCCGUGGUACGACCGAGGUUUCUGCAAGCACGAGCGUCUCAGCCCCUGA